AUGGCCUUCUUCGCGCUGUUGUCAAGAGUCGUCGACGUUUCUACCGCAACAAUACAGGCCAGGCCAACGCGAGACAACUGUAUAUUCAACACUGGCAUGGUCUUGGUCCCCAACUUGACCAUGAGGACGUACUCCUGGAAUGUCCCACCUGCGCAUACGAAAGGGCAAAUGUGGGCGACUAACGCACAACUGAUAUCGCUUACCAACGGAUGUGAUAUGGGCAUCUAUGCCAAGAUCAGCGACGACUGGUCGUUCUGUGCCCGCGACGAUGACAUCUGGGCCACCUGGAAUUGCUCAUACACAGGCGACCAAGACUAUCCAGCCGACUCAUGGAACGCGAGCGAGCUUGUGGACGACCUGGCGAGGCUCUCGUUGUUGUACGGCAAUCGCUCCCGGUUUACGUGUACAUGGGACGAGCUAGAUAAUACAAGAUUUACCCAGCUUGUGGCGUGGUCAGCUUCUUUGGGCAAUACGACAGGUGUAUUCGACAUCAAAGCCUGUGUCGAUAAGACCGCAGGCGAGAUGGAGACUAAACAGAUGUACUGCAUGUCCUGUAGUCUGAACUCACCGAGCCCAGAGACGAAGGCGAUCAUGAGCAGCUUUUCGCCCUAUAUGACAAUCAAGGAAUGGGCUGAUGUCUGGCAAGGUACCAUGUACCAAGGGUUCAGGUGUUGCGUACCACUUCCUGACGACGACAAACGACAAGGCUGUCUCCUCUAUCCGACGUGGAUCCCAGACUGGCUCAUCGGCCUUAGCAUAGGCUUCGUCACAAUCUGCAUCGCAACGACAAUCUACUACGCCAUCCUACAAUACCAACUCCACCACCACAGCGACAAAGACCUAGUCAAAUACAUGCCCAUCGGACCCUGGGAAUGGAUGGCACAAGCCGUCGUCGAAGCCGAACACACAGACAAUGUUCGCAAGCAAGAUUUGAAGAAAUGGUAUAUCGUGCCCAACGGCCGUGGCGGCGUGCAGAUCGAGCAUCAGCGUCCAGCAGCGGUCAACCAUAAGGGUCGAGGAGAAGACAAGGAUGUUGAGAUGAAGCCACUUACUGCGGAGCAUGAAGAGGAGCCGGCAGUCACGCCACUGGAGCAGCUGAAUAUGGAUGUUCGAGGCAGCAUGUAA